GGAAGCUUCUGCUACUGCAGUUUUAUAAGUUUGCAGAAUAAUCAACACAAAAGUAUUGAUAGAAUGAAGAAAAUUAGGCUAUACAUCCCAUUCCUCCUUGUUGCUUUGUCAACUUGCUCUCUCGCUGCAGCGGACGCAUCUCCUGAUCCUGUUCGGGACAUGGACGGUGAUAUACUCCGACCAGGUGUUGAUUACUACAUCUUGCCCGGUGUCCGAGGCAUGGGAGGCGGUGUGACACUAGGCAGCACCAGGAAUGAAUCUUGCCCCCUCGACGUCGUCCAAGAAACAUUUGAAACAGACAAUGGAAACCUUCCCUUGUCAUUCACAAUGGUUGAUCCCAAAAAAGGUGUGAUACGUGAGUCAACUGAUCUGAACGUCGAGUUCAAUGGGGUAACCAUUUGCAUUCAGUCAUUGGUUUGGAAGCUUGAUAACUACGAUGGAGAGUACGUUGUUAGCACUCGUGGAGUCAAAGGGAACCCGGGAGCUGAAACUCUGGAGAGUUGGUUCAAGAUUGAGAAAUAUUCGAAUAACUACAAGUUUGUUUACUGUCCAACUGUGUGUGAUUUCUGCAAACCAGUUUGUGGAGAUAUCGGCAUCUCGAUCAAGGAUGGUUUUAGAAGAUUGGUUCUUAGCGAUCAACCGUUCAUGGUUAUGUUCUUAAAGGUUUGAAAAUAUUGCUGUGUUUAUCGGAUAUUUAAAGUUGUCUUUGUAAUUCAUUUGAAUGCAAUGCUUGUAUGAAACUUCACUUGAUGUAUAAAUCAAUAAAAAGUAUUCUGUUGUUUUCUCUUAA